AUGGCUGCAGAAGCCUAUAAUUUCUUGUUUGGAAGCGUUGCUGAAAACUUUGAACGAUAUCUCCCGGCGGACUUGCUAUCCAUUAGCAACGAGAUAGCAAGGUGGUCCGACGAGGUAUACAUAGACCAACAACGUUAUCAAAAGGAGAUAGCCUCGAUCAAAAGACAACGCGAUCGUUUAGCUGCUCAGAACAUAGAGAUAUCGCAGAGCCUUCUAGGAGCAGAACAGAACGAGGCUGAGUACGAAAAUCGGAUCACCAGCCUCGAGGCAGAGAUCGUUGACCUUCGUAAAGCCCAGUCAACGGUGUCGCCCCAACCCGCCUUCAAGAUCCCAGACCCUGAGUUCUUUGAGAGCUCCUCCACCGGCAUUUCUUGGGAACAAUGGAAAGAUAAAAUGAUGAACAAGAUUCGCGCUUCUGGAAACUCCGACCCCGUCGCACAAUUGGCCGUCGAAGAAGUCUUUGCUACUUUGGAAGAUAUCUACGGGGACCCCAACAAGAAACAGGACGCCUGA